AUGGCGCCAUUUGUUUUCUCUUAUAAACUAUGGGUCGACUCUUCUCCUGUUGCUGAUACUGAUAUGAGAUCGAAACGAAAAUCAUCGGCUAUUAAACAUGUUCAAACAGAUUCGUUUCCUCCGUCGUCCACAUCAUCUGACAACGAUGAGACAGACAAAACUGAUAUUGAUUAUUGGUCACGUUCAUUUUUGGCACUCGUCUAUCCAGUCUCAAUUACUGUUGUGAUAUCGGCACUUUUAGCCAUGUUCUUGUAUGAUCUAUACAUAGCAUCGACUGUGUUUGAAGAUAUUAGUAUCAUUACGUCACCAAACAUGUCUAAGAGACCCUCUAAUUUUGAAAUUUUCUGGGCAAGUUUGAAAAUUGCACUCGUAUUUCUUGGCGUUAUUGCUGUCGGCACCUGUUUACUUGUACUCGUCGUUUAUUGUGGGUUUGUCAAAUUCUUGUACGGUUAUUUAUUCAUGACUGUACUGAUGGUAUUUUCAUUAAUUAAUAUUUCAAUUUUAUCCUUGAUUAUUGCACAAUUCAAUUGUCCUGUGGAUUGGAUCACAGUAGCAUUUUAUGUUUAUAAUACAUCGAUUACGGCUGUUUUAGCAAUGUUCUGGAUUGCACCAAAUAUCAUUAAAAAAGCAGUGACCAUUUAUCAAUGUGUAAUAAUGAUUUUAUAUCUUUUAAAAAUGGCACCAGAAUGGGCAACAUGGAUUAUUUUGCCUCUAUUAGCCAUAUGGGAUAUGAUGGCCGUUUUACUUCCAUUUGGUCCACUUUAUCUAUUAAUUGGUUUAUUUCAAAAACGACAAAUUGAAGUACCGGCAGUAAUGAUUUAUACAACGGGUGCAAUUUAUUUUAAUGAAAAUAAAAAUAUUAAUGAUAAUAAUGAUCACACAAGAGCAUCGCAAAGUGAUGACAAUAUUCUAUUCGGCAUUCAACCAUCAUUCGUCAAUCUAUUAUUUCUUCCUUUUACAACUGUUAGUAGAUUGAAUCGUUUAUCUACACAAUCACCGUUGUGUUUAGUUCAACCCAAACAUCAUCAUUUCUAUUCACUAAAAAAUUUUGCACUAUUCAACAAUGAAAAAUGUUUAAAAAGAAUUCUAAGUUUUUAUGAAAAUUAUUUUAUCACUACCGAAGAAAAAGUAUUUAUUAAAAACGAGAAUGGUAAUCCUAAAAUAAUUCAAAAUAAUAAUAAGAAUAAUGACGAAGAACACCAAGAAAUGGAUGGAGAUAACAUACAACAACGAAAUAUCGAUACCAUCGAACAAUUGCAUGAAAUCAUUCUUCCCAUAAAUAGUGAUGAAAAUCGUUGUAAACAAAAAUCAGGAAAAACACAAAUGAAAAAGAGAAAAACACGAAAGAGUAUGCUAGGAUUAGGAGACUUUGUAUUUUAUUCCGUAUUACUUGCCAAGACCGUAUUUACAUCGAACAGAAAUAUAUUUGCUGUUAUUGCUGUUUAUCUCUCUAUAAUUAUGGGCAUGUUGGGAACUACAAUUAUUCUUGUCGUAUUACGUCGACCACUACCAGCACUACCGAUUUCUUUAAUAAUUGGCUUGUGUAUUUUCUUCCAAUACCAUUUUAUUGGGGAUCGAUUUGCUGAUUCUCUAAGAGUACCAUAUGGACCCGUUUUUAUAUAG